CUUUUGUCGUAUACAAUCACAGUUAUAGUACGUGUAGCUGAGGAUAUACCUCGCAGCCAAUUACGCUUCUACGUAUAAGAAAUCCGAAACUCUUCUGUCUUUCUUGGUUAUUGGAAGUGCAGAAAUCACCCACGGCCAAGCUGAGCCAUUUCAGGCUGACCUCGGGGACUGUCGGGGUCUUAGGUCUACCUAUCGAGUGACGUGGGGCAGCGCCCGCCGCGUGUAAAUUUCUGGUCGCAUUCCACGACGCCCGCGCUGAAGCCAACUACCCCUCCAGACUUAUCAACUCCGCUCCUAAUUAAUCACUUUACUCGCCCAGUCUACGCAAAUACACUGCACAUCUAACAGUCUUAUUUGAUCAGAUAGCCUUUAGUUAUAGCAGUACGCAUCAUACCAUGGUCGACCAAAAGACCUGCCUCAUCGUCAUCGACGGUUGGGGCGUAGCAUCCGAGACGUCUAGGAAGGAUGGCGAUGCUAUUCUUGCUGCAGACACUCCCGUCAUGGACGACUUUGCUAAAGAAGACUCCAAGUCUGCGUCGGGAUACACAGAGCUUGACGCGUCCUCCACCGCCGUCGGACUUCCGAAAGGCCUCAUGGGCAACAGUGAAGUCGGCCAUCUAAACAUUGGUGCUGGUCGCAUCGUAUGGCAAGAUGUUGUCCGCAUUGACCAGACCAUCGAGGAUGGCAAAUUGAAUCAAAACAAGCAGAUCCUGAACUCCUUCAACAGAGCCAAGGAUGGAAAUGGUCGCCUACAUCUUUGUGGUCUGGUGUCUGAUGGUGGAGUGCACGCCAAAUUGGACCACCUCGUCGCUCUCCUCAAAGUUGCCAACGAGAUUGGCGUUCCAAAAGUCUUCAUCCACUUCUUCGGCGAUGGCCGCGACACCGAUCCCUACUCCGGGUUAGGACACAUGAAGGAUCUAAUCAAGCUUACCAAGGAGAUAGGUACCGGAGAGAUCGCGACAGUCGUUGGCCGUUACUACAUCAUGGAUCGCGACCAGAGGUGGGAUCGUGUAGAGAUUGGCAUGAAGGGCCUGGUGACAGGAGAAGGAGAAGAGACCGAUGACCCGGUCAAAACCAUGCAAGAGCGAUACGAUAAGAAAGAGUCAGAUGAGUUUAUGAAGCCCAUCGUUGUUGGCGGAAAGGAGCGACGUAUCCAGGAUGACGACACCAUCUUUUUCUUCAAUUACCGAUCCGAUCGUGUCCGCGAAGUUACGCAACUGCUUGGUGGCUUCGACCGUUCACCAAAGCCAGACUUCCCGUAUCCCAAAAACACGCACCUGACCACAAUGACCCGCUACAACACUGCAUUCGAAUUCCCUAUCGCGUUUCCUCCUCAGGUGAUGGAUAAUGUCUUGGCUGAAUGGCUAGCGAAGAAGGGCCUGAAACAGUGCCACAUUGCUGAGACGGAGAAGUAUGCUCACGUCACAUUCUUCUUCAACGGCGGUAUCGAGAAGCAAUUCGAAAACGAGGAUCGAGAGUUGAUUCCUUCGCCGAAAGUAGCAACUUAUGAUUUGCAGCCGACCAUGAGUGCAAUGGCAGUUGCAGAGAAACUAAGCGAGCGAAUUUCCGAUGGCAAGUAUGACUUCCUGAUGAACAACUUUGCGCCACCAGAUAUGGUUGGUCAUACUGGUGUGUACGAAGCUGCCAUAAAGGCCUGCACAGAGACCGAUAAAGGUAUCGGUCAUGUCCUCGAGACGUGCAAGAAGGAGGGCUACGUUCUGUUUGUGACAGCUGAUCAUGGCAACGCCGAAGAGAUGCUCAACGAGGAGGGCAAACCCAAGACUUCUCACACGCUCAACAAGGUGCCCUUCGUGAUGGCCAAUGCGCCAGAAGGGUGGAGCCUUCAAAAGAAAGACGGUGUUCUCGGCGAUGUUGCGCCCACGAUUCUAGAUGCAAUGGGAAUCGAGAAGCCAGAUGAUAUGGAUGGUAAGAGUUUGCUCGUGAAGGCAUGAUUGAAGAUGAUGUGAUUGUAGUUUUGGCAUGGCGGAAGGUGUUGCGGGUAUAGAAAGAGCUGCUGUGAGCUACGUUGGUGUAGAAAAUCCCGUGUUGAUGAUGAUAGAAGCGGUUUGCUGUCGUGAUAGACUCCCGAACUGAAUAUAUACUCUGUUGAGUGUGAUUCUUGGUGGAAAU